AUGCCUACAGAUAAUCCAAUUUCUCCGCUGGGGCCCAUAUCAGGUUACUCCGCAGAGUUUGUCAGGCUGGGUGUGAAUUCCACAUCAUCCAUUCGUGCUUCUGCAGCAUCAUCUUCUGUAACGAACAGUAAAUCUGUAGAAGCCGAGCUGCCCUACAAGCCGCUCGACUUCGAUACCUACGAGAUUCGCCUUCUCCGACUAAAAUGGGCUCCUGCUGAAGCAGACAUAUCGUGUGCUCUGGAAUACGCUUCUCUCAUAGACCCGGGCCCAUACAUUGCUCUAUCCUACUGCUGGGGAGACUUGAACAGAACCAGACUGAUGAACAUUGGUGAAGUUGAAUUCAACGCCACCGAAAACUUGGUGCAUGCACUUCAAGCUGUUCGGAAGCUGAGGCGCCAGACAGGAGAUGGUGACUUCACAAGACUAUGGGUAGAUGCGGUUUGCAUCAACCAAAAAGAUGCACAGGAACGAAGCCAUCAGGUGAGGAACAUGCGUCAGAUCUAUUCCAGAGCCCAGGAAGUCCUCGCGUUCGUUGGACCGUUCAGAGAUAUCCUUGAUGCACUUGACACGGAAGCAAGAAUCGUAGCGAAGGCUCGGUUGAAGAUCAUUCACGGAACGAGCGACUGGGAGAGGAAAACAUCAUCACCGAUGUCACUGCGGGAACAACGGUUGCCAAAUCCAAAAAUUGAAGCUCUGGAAACCCGAGGGCAAAGGGACUUCGAGGAGUAUGAUGUCUUCUUCAGCGAGCCGUACUGGAGACGAGCUUGGGUGAUUCAAGAGAUUACUGUUGGUGCGCAAGUCAACGUUCUUUACGGCGACCUGGAGUUUCUCUGGGAAGAUGUAGCUGCUUUUUUUACGCUGCUGAAAAAAUCCGAGAGGUCCCAAUUGUUUCCUCGAUUUCGGAAGACCCACGGGCUCGAUCACCUUUUGGAAUUUCGAGCGCGCUUUUUUAUUAAGCGGUCCCCGAUCAGCCUUUUCGAUGCCCUCAAUCUAAGUCGCCGAGCCCUGGCAACUGAUUCUCGAGACAAGAUAUUUGCCCUGCUGGGACUCUGUCAUGAUGGAUCCACUUUCGUGCCAGUGCCCAACUAUAGACAGUCACUCGAGUCGAUAAUUGCGGAUAUGAGCAAAAACAUGAUGACGUUGAACAAAUCACUAGAUGCCAUCUGCCUUCGAGGGAUUUCUCAGGACCAGAGCUCUCCUCCAGUGCCAACCUGGGCCACGAACUGGCAACGGCUGUGGAUCGGGGGCACGACUGUUCAAGAAGAGGUCAUUUUCAGGAAUCAGGACAUUGGGAGGGUCAAUCCAAUUCGGGAAGGAUCAACAAACCGUCUUCUCAAAGUUAGAGGAACACGCAUUGGUGCAGUGACUCAUCUGACCUCAGCAAUGAAGCCUCACGUCAGAGACAAUUCGCCGCUGCCAGACCGAGCGCCUUGGAUUUCCCUGACGGGUACAUUGGCAAAAGAAAUACCAGAACUCGGCAACCCAUCUCCAGAUGUAUCGAGGUUUUAUUCUGCUAUAUGGAAGACGCUAACCAUGGGUUUGUCAAUGAAAGGAAUGUCUCCGCGACAAGCUGAGCUGUGUUUUUCAACACUCUGGAUGCCAUAUGGAAGAGGCUCCAUACACGAUCUGAACCUCAUAGAGUGGAUUGAUCGGAAUGCAUUCUUCAAAAUUGGCAAGUGGACUUUGCGCGAGUGGUCACAGACGGGGAAUGUACCUUUACCACCGAAUUCAUCAGGCCGCUCCUGGGCCGACAACCUCUUCCCACUUGCUAAAGCCGCCAAGAACGAAGCCAUUGUUGAAACAAUGACUUUGAAUAUCGACCCCUUCAUUGAUGUCUUGAGAGACGUUCUCGGCAGUGGUAUGAGGCUUGCAUGUCUGGACACUCGCCAAUAUUUCAUCUGCAUGGUCCAUCCUGAUGCGCAGGAAGGCGACAAGGUCUUCUGUCUUCAAGGAUGUACCGUUCCUGUUAUCCUGAGGAGAGACCCCAAUCCCGAUGUUAAUCAGUACACUGUGGUGGGGAGCGCUUACUUGGAUGACGCUCUGCAAUGGGGACGCGGGGGACUGGUAAAUACCCUGCUAGAGGAUUUAACACUAUGUUGA